UCCAAAUAUAAUUUUCAACUUAAUCCACCAAAAUGUAAAUUAUUCCAUCAAAAAAUUGAUUAUCUAUCACAUAUUAUAUCAGAAGAAGGUUUUCAACCAAAUAAUGAUAGAAUACAAUCAAUUAUGAAUUUAAGGGAACCUUCUACAUUAGUGGAAGCAAAUAAGUUCCUGGGCGGUUUAUCAUGGUACAGAAAAUUUGUUCCUCGAUUUGCAUCAAUAGCUGCACCAAUACACAAGGUGACAAAUUUAACUAAACAGAAUCGAAAAAAUUUUAAAUGGGAACAACCACAACAUGAAGCAUUUUUACAAUUAAAACAAUUUUUAGUAACAACUCCAUUAUUUCUUGAUUAUCCAAAUGAUAAUUAUCCAGUUAUCUUGACAACAGAUGCAUCCAAAAUAGGUAUCGGUGGUACCUUACAACAAAAUAUUAAUGGUGAAAUUAAAAAUCUUUAUUAUCAUUCUCAAGUAACAUCUUCCACUCAAAAAAGAUAUGAUCCCAUUGAAUUAGAAGCAUUAGCAAUAUGGAUGUGCUUUCAACGUAUGCGGCCUUAUUUAUUAAAAAGAUCAGUUAUCAUCUAUACUGAUCAUUGUCCAUUAUGUAAUAUGAUGAAUUCAACAGUAAAAAAUCGAAGAGUUGAUCGUAUAUCAAUAUUAUUACAAGAAUAUGACAUCGAAAAAAUCAUCCAUAUUAAAGGUCAACAUAAUUGUUUAGCUGAUUAUUUAUCUCGUCAUCCAAUUCCAAGAGAAGAAGAAAUAUUCGAUGAAGAUUAUGAACAAGAUAAAAAUUCGACAACAAUUACACCAUCUCAAAAGAAUGUAACACCAUCAUCAGCUGUAGAUGAAGAAGAAGAUGAUCAAGGAAAAGAUUCUGCAUCUCAAGAUAUUCAGAAAUAUAGAUUUGAUAUGGAACAAUUAAAAGGUGAACAAGAAAAAGAUCCAGUUAUUCAACAGAAAAUUAUAGAAGUCAAGAAAAAUCCAGUUAAAUGUUCAUAUGAAUUAAAAGAUGGUUUACUAUAUAAAUUAUUAAUGAUGCGUGUUAAUUGUAAUACAAAGAAAAAAAUUAUAUGUUUACCAUCAUCUAUGAUUAACAAUCUUUUACAAGUUUAUCAUAGUGAUCCACUGAGUGGUCAUUUUGGUGUUCAACGAACAUAUUUGAAGAUCAAGAAUAUAUUUUGGUGGCCAGAUAUGAAGCAAUCCAUUACACGAUAUAUACAAUCGUGUUUACCUUGUCAACAAUAUAAUAUCACUCGUACGAAAAAACCUGGUAGAUUACAACCAAUUCCUCCACCUGAAGGACCAUUUCAAUUAAUUGGUAUGGAUUAUUGUGGUCCAUUGAAGCAAACACCUAGCGGGAAUCAAUAUGUAUUAUGCAUUACAGAUUAUUUUACAAGAUGGAUAGUAGCUGUUGCUGUACCUGAUUGCUCAGCACAAACAACUGCUGAAGCAUUUUUCAAGGAAUACAUUUGCAAGUAUGGGGUACCGGCAGUCGUACUAUCUGAUCAAGGUACACACUUCCACAAUCAGUUAAUGGAAGCAAUGUCAAAAUUAGUUGGAUAUGACCACACAUAUUCAACCACUUAUCAUCCACAAUCAAAUGGAAUGAUCGAAAGAUUUAAUGCUACAUUCAUUCCACAAAUUGCCAAGCUUCAAGAUAGAGAAAACAAUAAUUGGGAUGAAUUUUUAGCACCAGUAGUAUUUGCAUAUAAUACCGGAUGCCAUUCAACAACUCAAUAUUCUCCAUUUCAAUUAUUAUUUGGACGAGAACCAAGAUUACCCACUGAAGCACCAUUAUCAACAUUUACAUUUCGG